UUGCUGUAGACUGCCGCACAGAAUCAAUGUUACCUAGACUCCACGUUGUUGUUGCCCUGCUGUCCCUCCUUGGGGUAUGCUGCGGCAGGUACGUCAUCCGUCCCCUAGGUUACCUGAAGCUUCCUAACAACGUCGCCCCAACAGACACAUACAAGAUCCUGUCGGGUUCGGCAGAGGAGGCGGCGUACGACCCCGACGACCAACUCAUCUACGUCGUAGGCGAUGGAUCUCGACUUCUCCACGUGGUGGAUGUCUCAAAUCCACUGAUGCCAAAGCGUCUCUUCACCCACGAAUUCAGCACUGCUGAUGGCGUACCGCGAGACGUGGAGGUCUGCGACGGCGAGGUGGUUGUUGCUGUGUCCUCCGAAGUACCCGUAUUUCCGGGUCACGUGUUCUUUUUCAAGACCUAUAAACGAGGCUCUGAUAAGAUGGACUUUGACGGCAAAGUUACCGCUUGCCCUAAGUCACUAAUACGUGUCUACUCCUCUAUAAACACAUCGACAUUAGAUGCCAUGGAACUGAUACAUUCAGGAACGACAAUCAGUGAAACAGUGCCAGGUGGGGAAUUUCCGGAUAACCUGAAGUUCGCGCCUGACUGCAAGAGCCUGGUUGUAGUGAACGAGGGGACGUCAGGGGUAGACUACGCUGGGAGGUACCUCGACCCCGAGGGCACGCUCACUAUCAUCACCAAGUCGUCAACAGGCAACCCCUCGGAGAGAUUCGUCGACUUCAACAAGUUCAACGACAGACAUGAGAUUCGGAGUGUGGCGAAGUCCAUCCCAUCGACGAUCCUGUCCGCCCACAGCACAGUCGCACAGUCGUUAGAGCCAGAGUACGUGACAGUCCCUACUACCUCAACUGCCUUUGUCACGUUCCAGGAGAACAGCCUUAUCGCCCAGAUCAACCUGAGAGAUGCGACUGUGCCUGUUCUGUUUUCCAUGCCCCACAAAGACUACGGUGACAUAGGGGUAGAUGCGAGUGACAGGGAUGGAGGAAUCCACAUGCUGAAGUACCCUUUGCGAGGCCUCCGUCAGCCCGACGUCAUCAAGAGCCUUGUGUACAACCGAAGGACCUACCUGUUUGUGGUGGACGAGGGUACCAUGUCUUCCUAUACCACGGCUUCCCACAGCUUCAAGUGGAGUGAAGGAGAGAGGGCAAGGGUGGUCAGUUAUCAGAAAGGAUACGACACGAGCGCCAUCACUAACGCUUCAUUCCUUGCCGACCUCAACGACGACAGCAAACUCGGGCGUCUGUACGUGAGCCGGAUCGACGGGUUGAACCCGUUCACCAGUAAGAUAGAGGAUGUGUACACGUACGGAGGGCGUGGCUUCUCCAUAUGGGACGCUUCCUCCAUGGCGAUGCUAUACGACAGCGGGGACGAGCUGGAACGUCGUGCCAGGGACUCCUACUACAACGUUUUCAACACCGAAGGUGUCCAGCCUACGGUAUACUCCCCUGAAACCCUAAAGGACAGCGUCUCCGACGACAUGGGCCCCAAACCGAAUGCAAUGGACGUGAUCAGAGACAAUAACGAGAACCUCAUCGUUGUCGGCAGUGAAACAACCGGCAUUAUCUACCUCUACAACGCCACCCUCAACUCUAAGGCCUCUGUCGACUUCCAGGACGUGUACAGGCGUGGCAAAACAGACUCGCUGUGGUCUCAACUGUAUGAUGACGACAGCGUCGGAGAUAUGUCCAUCUCUGACAUCGGGUUUAUCUCAGCCAGCCAGAGUCCGACCAACAGAACAAUGUUCUACGUGUUGGGGGCGGGCAGCGGCUCCGUGUCUCUGUAUGAAGUGGAGGACCUGGGACCCGAUCUACCCGUAUUGCCUUAGUCUCAACACGGGGAUACUUGUAACCAUAAACUUCUACACAUAUUGGUUUAUAGAAAUAUAUCACAAUAUAUUGUU